CAGAGUUCAGGUGGCUACGAGGAUGAUUUACGUUCACACACUGUUGCGCCUUGCAGGAUACUCGGGCUAACAAUGGCCACAGCAACUUCAGUCACCACUUUUUAGUAGAAAUAAAAGGCUUUUGGGGGGUUUAUUUCUCCUCACUGAGCGCAGUCAUUAAAGAAAUUGUCAACUGAAAAGCGGUUAAGAAGUUGGACGUCGUUUACUGAGGUUAAUUUAUUGUGACCUCAGACCAUGGCCUACACUUUAGGCUCGACCACUGAGGGCCAGACACGCAGUGUCGGACCUCAGCACUGUAUCACCCGGGUGGAGCUGUCCGUCACUGCAACCAGCCUGCUGGACCGAGAUGUAGCCUCCAAGUCAGACCCAUUCUGUGUUCUCUUUCAUGAAGUGGAUGGAAACUGGGUGGAGCUCAGCCGCACUGAAACAGCUGUGAACAACUUGAACCCAGUGUUUGGAGUGAAGUUUCAAGUGGACUACCACUUUGAGGAGAUCCAGAAGCUUCGCUUUGCCAUGUUUGAUGAAGACAAGUGUGCCACACAGCUCUAUGAACAUGACUUCCUGGGAGAAUUUGUCUGUACACUGGGAGUGAUUGUGUCCAAUAAGAAACUUCACAGACCGUUGAUCUUAGCCAAUGGGAAGCCAGCUGGCAAAGGAUCCAUUACGAUAACAGCUCAGGAGCUGUCUGACAACAGAAUCAUCACUUUGACCCUGAGUGGGCGUAAACUGGAUAAGAAGGACUUCUUUGGGAAGUCAGACCCCUACCUGGAGUUUCACAAACAGGGAGAAGACGGCAAAUGGAUGCUGGUGCACAGGACGGAGGUCAUAAAGAACACUUUAGAUCCAGCGUGGAAAUCUUUUACGGUGCCGCUUAUUUCUCUCUGCAAUGGAGAUGUGGACAGAAACAUCAAGGUCCUGUGUUACGACUAUGAUAAUGAUGGAGGCCACGACUUUAUAGGAGAGUUUCAAACCACAGUUGCCAAGAUGAGUGAAGCCCAGAACUCAGUGGAGGUGGAGUUUGACUGCAUCAACCCCAAGAAACAGAAGAAGAAGAAGCAUUAUAAAAACUCGGGCAUCAUCAUUGUCAAGUCAUGUAAGAUUACAAGAGACUACACUUUUCUGGAUUACAUACUGGGAGGAUGCCAGCUCAUGUUUACGGUCGGUAUUGACUUCACAGCAUCUAAUGGGAACCCCCGUGAGCCGUCCUCCCUCCACUACAUUAACCCACUGGGCAGCAAUGAGUAUCUUGCUGCCAUUUUAGCUGUGGGACAAAUCAUACAGGACUAUGAUACUGACAAAAUGUUUCCUGCUCUGGGAUUUGGAGCCCAGCUCCCACCAGACUGGAAGGUGUCACACGAAUUUGCCAUCAACUUUAACCCCACCAACCCCUUCUGUUCGGGUGUGGAGGGUAUUGCCCAGGCCUACUCUGCCUGUCUCCCUCACAUUCGUUUCUACGGCCCAACAAACUUUGCUCCAAUCAUCAGCCAUGUAGCACGUUUUGCUGCCCAGGCACUUCAACAAGAGAAAGCAGCGCAAUACUUCACUCUCCUCAUCAUAACAGAUGGUGUCAUCAGCGAUAUGGAUGAGACACGUCACGCCAUCGUACAGGCGUCUAAGCUACCCAUGUCCAUCAUCAUCAUUGGCGUGGGCAACGCAGACUUCGCUGCCAUGGAGUUCUUAGAUGGAGAUGCAAGCGUGUUACGGUCCAACACAGGAGAAGAAGCUGUUCGGGACAUCGUGCAGUUUGUCCCUUUCAGAGAUUUCCGAAAUGCACCCAAGGAGACUCUCGCUAAGUCGGUCCUGGCCGAGCUGCCUCAGCAGGUCACCCAGUACUUUAAACAGCGGAAUCUACCGCCCGCCAACACAGCGCCGGAGUGAGACGCCCCAAAGACGAGAGUCCACACGCUGUACUAUAGCUCAACAAAACCUCCCUUCUCGGCAAACGAUACAAAAUGAAAGUGUGUAUGUCAGCUGUGAACAAAAAUGAGUUGUGGACAAAAAAAAAUAAAUCAAACAUUGAAGACAUCCCUGCCAUCAUAUUAGCAAAGUUGUUACUGGUUAAAGAAUGUUUGGUCAGUAUCCAGUGUGAAUCCAUCAGAAGUGAUGUUCUCUGUUUCCUAAAGCUUCCAGCACACAGAACCAUGACGAUAAUAAUGUGUAAAGGACCUUGCAUGUCUAUAGUGAUGGCAGGUGUCUCCAAAUGAUGUGGAUAUAAAUAUGCAGGUAAAUCACUGGCCUUUUCUUAGAGAAAUGGAAAAAUAUCUUGAUUUAUCAGGAUGUAGGUUUUUUUUGUUUUCUUUUCUUUCUUUUUUUUGGCUUUUUGCAUGUGUGUGUCUUGUGAUUGAUACCAUGUGAUACAUACAACUCUUGGUGUAAAGUCCCUUCAAAGCUGAACUAUAUCAGUGAUUGAACCCCCUUCCGUUGUUGUAUGGAUCCUUUUCAGGUAGCGGAUCAGAUGAAGGCUGUUUGCUUUGUGCUCAUGUGUGACGGACUCACAGACUGAGCCUGAACAGAACACUAUCUCUUCAGGGAGAGGUUUUAAUUUUGAAUGUUUGAUCACCAGUCAUCUGAGAGGUGGGUUUUAAAGCUCCACUAUGCUUAUUUGAUUCAAGAGAACAGAAUUGGAGGAGGAUGAGGCCUUGGAGGCAGCUGUAGCACUAACACAGGAUAGAUGUGGGAUACUGUGUGAAUUCAUUAGGCAGUUAAAUAUAGGGCCAUUUUGCUAGCUUUUGCAAAAUCCUUGUAUUUCUUAUGACUUCAGUUCAUCCUGCAUGUUGCCAAUAUCUACUCACUGUUUACAGAUUGAUGCCGAUGAUCACAAAUGCAUGUUUGUUUGUUUUACAAAUUGUGUAUUUAUCAGAUUUUGUAAAUAUUUUAAUGAGAUUCUGUUGAAAGGAAGGAAGUGUCACAUGGCAUAGAAACAUGUGUCAGAGAAGGCUGUUGCUGUCAGAGUUUUAAUGAUUGGAAGCAGAAGAGAAUUUCUGAUAUGCAUAUAUAUAUAUAUUUCGAAUGUAUAUUUAUAUGACGCUGUUCAUGUUCUGAUAAGCCAAUGUCUCUGACAUGUUUUUAAUGUACUUUUUAUGCAGUGCUGAAUUGUGUACUUAACUACUAUGUGAAUUGCUGUGUAUCUUUGUACUAAAUGUGUUGCUAUUCAUUUUAUAAAGUUGUGUCUUUGUCCACACUCAGGAUAAUAAACUG